AUGGGUACUGGCUGCAAUGGUGGCAAGAGUGGACGGGUUGCAUCAGGUGGUGUUUGCAAGGGCUCCUGCCUGCAGGGCUACGCGCCAUCUGUGUCAAAGCUUGAUUGCUACGCCGGGAUUUUCUCACCCGAAUCCUUCACCUGUGAUCCAGAGCCCUGCAAGAUCCCGACCGUGCAAAACAGAGCCGGGUCGGGAUGCAUGGGCAUUCCCGGCGAUUCUAUAGCUUCAAGCAAGGUCUGCAAUGCUCAUUGUCAAGGAGGCUACUCACCAUCUGCAGCCAAGCUUUCCUGCAGCGCAGGGACUUUGACCCCAGCGACCUUUGAGUGCUCUCCGGACCCAUGCCCAAUGCCAAAGGUCGGCAACCAACUGGGCAAUGGCUGCAAGGGCAUGGCGGGAACAAUCAUUGCAUCAGGAGGAACUUUUGAAACCGUUUGCGCCAGGGGCUACACGCCUUCGGUCGCGAAGUUGGCAUGUUUCGCGGGCACGCUCAAACCCAACGCUUACAUUUGUCAAGAGGACAAAUGCAAGGCAGUAACAGGCGUCCCCAAUGCUCCAACUGUUGCAUGCCAAGAGGGGCAGAGCAUCAUCGGUGGCAAGUCCUGCACGCCCCGCUGCAAUGCUGGAUUCAGUCCAUCUAUCACAUCCCUCGCCUGCUCACGUGGAACGUUGAAUCCAACAACCUUUCAGUGCAGAGCCGACAAUUGUGACGUGCCCUACGUGGCAAACAGCUUGAAUCCAACAUGUUCAGAGGGAAACAACAUCGCACACAAUAAGAGAUGCACGCCCAGAUGCAAGAGUGGCUAUUUGCCCUCGUCUGGAUCGCUGAAAUGUACUGCUGGAGUCUUGAGACCAGCUACUUUCGUUUGCAAGGCACCUUGUGCAGCUCCCAACGUGCUGAAUACAAACCAACUUUGCAGGGAGGGAAGACUGGUCUCUCAUGGCAGGUCUUGCACCACCCAAUGCAAUGCUGGAUACCUUCCGAGUAAAGCUUCAUUGCAGUGCGUCGAUGGCGUUCUGACGGGUGGGCCAGUCUGGUGCGAGUCUGCUCCCCCACCAAUCGGUGGAAAUUUCUACAAUUGCUGGACUGGUGACCCACAUUUUGUAUGCAGCCAUGGUCGACGAAGUGACCCUCUGGUGCCUGGAACCCAUUGGGUGUUGAAGCAGAGCUGCCCAGGCAGUCCUAACUUCAUGUGGGUCCAGGGCCUCUUUGGUCCUGUGAGACCAGCCUGUACGAUGGGAACGGCUUUUGGCGGCCACUUUUUGGGCAAAAAUGUCAUCACCAUUCGUUCAAAUAACAAUCCAUCUUGGAUUGUGAAAUGGAAUGGCCAGAAUAUUGUGAACGCCUGGAAGAGGAGUGGACACAAUACCUACAAAUACAACCUGGGUGGUACGGAGCUCUCUCUGACGUGGUCCACAAAUCAUCUCCAAUUGGCACUUAGCUACGGAGUGACUUACAAAGCACAACGAAGUCACUGGAGACGGCAGAAAAACAUUCGUGUCUCUGGCUUCUAUUACACA